AUGUCCCACAACAUUGCAAAUACAAGUACUUCUACGAGUGCUCUUAUGGCUAGUUUUCUGAUAGUUGAGCAAGUGAAAGCAUGGAAUCUUGAAGACGAAGACAUCAAUAAAAUAUAUACUCAAAGGGUUAAGGGUAAUACUUUCCUGGAAUUUACUGUAAUGAAUUUCAAGAGAUGGGGAAUACCAGAUAGUUCAGCUAAAGAAAUCAAAAAGUUAAUUAAUGAAAUUAAAGGAGAUCUUGUAUUUAGUGGCAUUUUCGUGAUACCCGUUUGUAUCUUAACUAUCACUGGGCUGAUUGAUAGUAUGUUGAGAUAUUCACCACGGAAAUGUAUAUACUUACCGGUCACCUUUCUACAACCUCCAAGUUAUCGACAAGAAGAUAGUUUGGUACUGAUCUUUAAAAAUGAUGAGAUUACUAAUACUCUUGUGAAAGACUGUGGAGGGCAUAGAAGAGCUUUAGAAGCUCUGAAUGAUUGCUUGGCUAGUCGUAACGUUGAAGAAUACAACAUUAAUACUCUGAUGAAUGAUCUGCAUUAUAACCUUAUUAAAAAAUACCAUGAUGCUAUUCUUGAUUCUGUAGAAGACGCCAGGCCCAUUGCUCAAGCAAUAUUGAUUCGACGUAUCUUAAAUAGAUAUAAGCCUAUUCUUAAAACUAAUAAAUCACCAGAUGAAUUUGUUGGGAGUAGAUUAAUUCGAUUCGAACAAUUAAGUAGUAAUAGUCGAAGGAAGUAUCUCACUGCAUCAUACAUCUGGCUCUGGAUAUUUGUAGAGAUAUCUAAUGAAGAAGAAGAUCCAUUACUUCGAGAUUGGGAAUUUGCUGAUUAUAGAGAGCAAAGAGCACUCUUGAAUCCAAUAUCAUCAUUGCAAGCGAAGUCAUGGCAAAGUUUUAAAAAUUUUGUCACGUUAUUUCGUUAUAUAAAGUCAGCUGUUAUUGAAGAAGAUGAGCUAACAACGAUCUCAGAGGUUCAUGUAGGAGUACGUUUGAAUGAUCAGCUGGGUACUGAGAGUCUGAAUGAAAUCCACCAAGUCAAAUUACGAAAAAAAGCAGUCAGUAAAAAAGAAUACCAAGAAGAACGUGAAAAAUCUGCAUCAGAAAAUGAUUUUUUCAUCUUCUUUACAACUGCAAAUUGUAAUAUUGAAAUUUUGAAAAGGUCUGGAAUUGUAGAUAGAAAUGCCUUUAUGAACUAUUUUGGACUAUUCGCUGGAAAAGCAUACAGAUCUGCUAUGGCUAAUCCCUCUAUCUAUAAUAAUAAGGUCAAGAAUAUCUAUACUGUUUCUCUUGAACAAAUAUGCAAUAUGAAUCAAAUUAGCAAAGAACGAGUGAAUGCAAAAAUAAAAAUACUAAUGAGGAAUUUUUAUUUCUGA